ACAGCGAUUCAAGCGUAGUUGCUAGUACUUCAGCUCUCAAUUAAUGGAGGAGAAACGGAAGGACACCGGAACUCCACCACCGCCGGCCGCCGACACGCCGAUGAUGUCGGCUGACGUUCCGUCGGCUGAGGCACCUACGUCGCGUCGGAGAGGUGGUGGCCACAAACGAAAAGCAAGCGCCAUUGGAAGUGGCGCCAGUUCGACUCCUCCCUCAACUUUGUCGAAGCGUCAGGUGCGUGAGAAGCAGUCAGCAGUACCUUUUCCACCGAUCCACAAUGGUCCUCUCACAAGAGCUCGGCAGCAGCCAAACAACGCUGCAGCUGCAGCUGCCAGUGCUACUUCUCCGUCAGGUUUUGGUGUUAGGAUCGAAUCGGAGGUGCUGCCAAAGGAUGAGGUCGGUGUAGAAGAGGUGGUGAAGGCUGACAAAGAAUCAAAUCAAGUGAAUGAGGAUUUGGAGGCUGAAAUUGAAGCUGAAAUUGAGUCAAUUAGAUCCCGAGAUCGUAAUGUUCACGUUGUGCCGAUUCAUGCUGGUUGGUUCUCUUGGACAGAGGUUCAUCCUUUGGAGAAGCGGACAAUGCCGUCAUUCUUCAAUGAGAAGUUGCAAAGUAGGACUCCAGAAGUAUACAUGGAGAUACGGAAUUGGAUCAUGAAAAAGUAUCACACCGACCCCAAUAUUCAAAUUGAGUUGAAUGAUCUGUCCGAGCUCUCAGCAGGAGAUUUGGAUGUAAAACAGGAAGUGAUGGAGUUUUUGGACUACUGGGGUUUAAUUAAUUACCACCCUUUCCCACAAACCAAUUCGGUUAUGAAUGUUGAUAUUGAUGGGGACGAGGCAGCAAAGACAGAUUCUUUGAUUGAUAAACUGUUUCGAUUCGAAUCGGAUGAAACAUGGACCCCAGUUCUUCCGAGGUCUAGUGUAGCUACUCCUUCUGCGUCUUCUGGGUUCUUUCCAGAGUCAGCUAUUGCUGAAGAACUGAUGAAGUCUGAAGGGCCAGCUGUUGAGUACCAUUGCAACUCUUGCUCAGCUGACUGCUCAAGAAAGCGGUAUCAUUGCCAAAAGGAGGCAGACUUUGACUUGUGUAGUGAAUGCUUCAACAAUGGGAAGUUUGGAUCUGGGAUGUCCCCUUCAGAUUUCAUUGUUAUGGAGCCUGGUGAGUCUGGUGGUGCAAGUGGUGGGAAGUGGACAGAUCAGGAGACUCUUCUUCUCCUUGAGGCAUUAGAGCUUUAUAAGGAAAACUGGAAUGAGAUUGCUGAGCAUGUGGCUACGAAGACCAAAGCUCAGUGUAUUCUGCACUUCAUUGAAAUGCCAAUAGAGGAUACGUUCCUGGAUACUGAUGCUGAAAGUAACAAGUGUGUUGAAGAAAAAGAAGAUGCAGUUUUGUCUAAAGAUGAUAUAUCAGCCAGUAUUGAUGCUCCAGAAACAACAGAGAGUAAGGAUGAUGGAAAUGGCAAUCAGCUUUCAUCCACAGUGGAAACAUCAAAACCAGAGAAUGUGAAUGGGCCAACUCCUCAGGAGGAAGUUGGUGAGAACUGUGCAAUUAACGCACUGAGGGAUGCAUUUGCCGCUGUUGAUUUUUAUCCUCCACCUGGAGAACGUGCUUCAUUUGCUGAAGCUGGCAAUCCUGUAAUGGCAGUGGCCGCGUUCCUGGUGAAACUGGUAGAAUCUAAAAGGGUUAAUGCCUCAGUGCGCAGCUCUUUGAAAUCCAUGCCUGGUAAUCCUUCUGGUGAGAAACUAGCCUUAAGGCACUGUUUUGUUUUGGAAGAUCCACCAGAUGAUGGGAAGACAUCAUCUGAUACAGAUAGACCCGCUAAUGGAUCAGUUGAUCCAGAAGAUAAGAAAGAUGAGGAUGACAGUGUUGAAAUGCAGAAAGAGGAAAAGUUGACAUCAGUUAUUGAUGAGAAGAGUUUGUCAAUUGGACAAGAAGAGACCAAAGGUGAAACAAGCAUUGACAAAAAGUGCGAAGAGCAGGAUGGUGAAAACCAUGAAGAGAAAAAUGAGAAGGAACUUGAAGAAGCGGCUCAUUUGGUUUCUACGAGUGAUGAAAAUCCAGAGAAAUCUGAUACUUCAAAACAAUCUGGUCCAAUUCCUACUGACAAAGAAGGGGAACCUGCAUCACUUAAAGAACCAGAUGAUGCAGGCUUGGCAGUGGGACAGACACCAAGUACAACAGCAGAAUCAGAUGUUUUAACGUCUAAACUAGAGCUCCCACCCGGGUUCGAAAAGGAGUCAGUUGAUGGAGCUUUGAUGGACAUUCCUUCUGACUCUCCAGAUACUCCUAAAGAUGAGGACAUGAUGCCUGCUGUGCAAACAAAGGAGCCUGAGCAAUCCAUGAAAUCGAAUUCUGUACUUGAAAAUGGCGAAAAUACAGGGGCUGGAGAAGUCAAAGGCACUGUAGAUGGGAGAAAAGAUCCCUUGAAGACCAAAAAUGAUCUGGAUAUUGAUAAGAUCAAACGUGCAGCAGUCACUGCUUUGUCAGCUGCUGCAGUCAAGGCGAAAUAUCUGGCAGAUCAAGAAGAGGACCAAAUUCGGCUGCUUACUAUAGCAUUAAUAGAGAAGCAGUUACACAAGCUGGAGUGCAAGAUAACCUUCUUUCAUGAAAUGGAUAAUGUGGUUAUGAGGGUCAGAGAACUGUUGGAGAGGUCAAAACAGAGGCUUCUCCAUGAGCGUAGUCAAAUACUUAAAUCAAGAUAUCCAGCUCAUCCUGUGCCACAAUCAGUACCUGCUAACCGGCCUGGAAUGACUCUUGCUAAUUCAGCACCUAGGCUUCUAACUGCAAUGAGCUCCCAAAGGAUACCGAAUUCAAGACCCAUAAUGGCAGGAACUCCUACACCAAGCUCUUUUAUGCCUACAACAGUUUCAGGAAAUUCAAUGCAGCCUUCAAAGUAGGAUAAGCUUAUUUCAGUUAGGACUAAGUAAUAUUUUCUCUAGUGCAUAAGAAUGAACUCAUCUUGAAACCAAAAGAUUAAAGAAACAGUCUUCAAAUACCUUUUGUCAUGUGACUGUGUUUACCGUUUCAUGAUUGUUGUCCAGGGUCAUUAAGCUAUAAACUUGUUAAUCAGAAGAAGUUAAUUAUCCAAA